UAGAACUACUUCCGGGAUUUGAAUGUAGUUUUGAUAUUUUGUUUUACUUUUCCGGUUUUCAGAAAAGUUCCAAUUGUACUUUUGUCCCAAAGUCUCUAAUAGUUUCCUGCUGCAGUUUUACAUUGAUAAAUUUAAUCUAGAGAUUAAAUCCAAAGGAAACGGACGAAGAAAAUACAUCUGAAAGAAAUAGAAGAGAGGAAGGAUGAUGGUGGAGGGGGAGAACCAGAGAGGGGAGACCUUCAUACCCAGUGAGGGAGAGGGGUCUGGUGGACAGGAGACCUUCCACAUGAAGGAGUCCGUUGUUGAGGACAACACAGAACCGGAUGAGGGUUCACGGAAGCCAACCACAGGACCAGUGGUUGUCACGGGAAACCAGAAAAUUCCCGCCAUUGAGAAACUGGAACAGGUUCGCAAAUGGAGCAUCACUACUUAUAAGUGUACCAAGCAGGUUCUGUCAGAGAAGAUGGGUCGUGGAUCCCGUACGGUCGACCCAGAACUCGAGGCCCGCAUCGACAUUCUCCGUGAUGACCGCCGCCGUUAUGAUCACGUGACCUGCCUGGCCCAGACACUCGCCACGCAGCUCGCCCAGGUCACACAGACGCAAAGGACUCUGGGCGAUGCCUUCACCGAGCUCAGCCUCAAAACGCCGCCACUACACGUAGAGUUUGGUCUGAACGGGAACACCCAGAGGUUUCUGUCGAAGAGAGGAGAGGUCCUGGUCUCGGCUAUAAACUCUUUCACCUCCGAUAUGAACACACUGGUUAACAAAACUAUAGAGGACACCAUGGUUAACGUCAAACACUAUGAGACAGCCAGGAUAGAGUAUGAUGCAUACCGUUGUGACCUGGAGGACUUGAACCUGGGACCUCGAGACACUGCCACCUUGCCCAAACUAGAGCAGGCCCAGAGAACCUUCCAGAACCAGAGAGAGAAGUAUGAGAAGAGCCGAAACGACCUGUCAGUCAAACUCAAACUACUGGAGGAGAAUAAGGUAAAGGUUCUCCAGCAUCAGUUGGUAUUGCUCCAUGGUGCUGUAGCUUCCUACAGCACCUCCAACCACCAGCACCUGGAGCUCAGCCUGCAGCAGGCAAGCACCAAGCUACCCAUGCCCGGCACGGAGCCUCCUUCCUGGCUAGAGGAGAGCUAAUCACCCCAAUAACCAUCCACCAUGUCUGGGGGUCCAUGAAAUCUUCCGGUAUCUAAAUGCAAGUUGGGGCUUCUCAACUGCCACGUCUGUGGGCCAAAACAGAGGGUAUUGUCGACACUCCUGUUCUCUUACCAUACAGGACCUAUAGGUUCUCCUCUUACCCUAUAGGUUCUCCUCUUACCAUAUAGGUUCUCCUCUUACCCUAUAGGACCUAUAGGUUCUCCUCUUACCCUAUAGGUUCUCCUCUUACCAUAUAGGUUCUCCUCUUACCCUAUAGGACCUAUAGGUUCUCCUCUUACCCUAUAGGUUCUCCUCUUACCAUAUAGGUUCUCCUCUUACCCUAUAGGACCUAUAGGUUCUCCUCCUACCAUAUAGGUUCUCCUCUUACCAUAUAGGUUCUCCUCCUACCAUAUAGGUUCUCCUCUUACCCUAUAGGACCUAUAGGUUCUCCUCUUACCCUAUAGGUUCUCCUCUUACCCUAUAGGACCUAUAGGUUCUCCUCUUACCCUAUAGGUUCUCCUCUUACCCUAUAGGUUCUCCUCUUACCCUAUAGGUUCUCCUCUUACCCUAUAGGACCUAUAGGUUCUCCUCCUACCCUAUAGGUUCUCCUCUUACCCUAUAGGUUCUCCUCUUACCCUAUAGGUUCUCCUCUUACCCUAUAGGACCUAUAGGUUCUCCUCUUACCCUAUAGGUUCUCCUCUUACCAUAUAGGUUCUCCUCUUACCAUAUAGGUUCUCCUCUUACCCUAUAGGUUCUCCUCUUACCCUAUAGGUUCUCCUCUUACCCUAUAGGUUCUCCUCCUACCCUAUAGGUUCUCCUCUUACCCUAUAGGUUCUCCUCUUACCAUAUAGGUUCUCCUCUUACCCUAUAGGUUCUCCUCCUACCCUAUAGGACCUAUAGGUUCUACUCCUCUCACUGUUGUUUCUCCUACUUGUAUACUGUGUUGUCCUCCUAUUCACUGACUGUAUAGGAGUUCUGUUUGGCAGUAGCAUUGUGUCUAAUUGUUAGUAUCACAGCGUUUAUCUUGUGUUUUAUACAGUAUGUACAGCUCUCCUGUAUUGACUAAGCCUGCGUCCAAAAUGGCACCCUGUUCCCUACGUCGUUCACUACUUUUGGAGCUCUAUAAAGGGAAGUGCGUAGCAUUUGGGACGCAGUCUACAACUAAAGGACCAAGCUAACAUGUGGUGCUGAGAUAUGGAACCAAAGCCAGAGACUGUAGAAUGUUCUAGACUGUUAGAACCUUUUUCACUCUAGAACCUCCUGGACUUUAAGGACAUUUUAGAUCCAGAAUUAACUACACUGAACAAAAAUGUAAAAACGACAAACAAUUUCAAAGAUUUUACUGAGUUUCAGUUCAUAUAAGGAAAUCAGUCAAUGUAAAUAAAUGUAUUACGUCCUAAUCUAUGGAUUUAACAUGACUGCAGCCUUGGCAGACAGGCCCAGCCAAACAUAAUGAGUUUUUCCACACAAAAUGGCUUUAUUACAGACAGAAAUACUCCUCAGCACCCCCCAAUCCUGCAGGUGAUGAAGCCGGAUGUGGAGGUCCUGUGCUGGCGUGGUUACACGCUGUCUGCGGUUGUGAGGCCGGUUGGACGUACUGCCAAAUUCUCUAAAACGACAUUGGAGGUGGCUUAUAGUAGAGAAAUUAACAUUCAAUUAUCUGGCAACAGCUCUGGUGGACAUUCCUGUUGUCAGCAUGCCAAUUGCACGCUCCCUCAACUUGAGACAUCUGUAGCAUUUUUAGAGUGGCCUUUUAUUGUCCCCCAGCACAAGGUGCACCUGUGUAAUGAUCAUGCUGUUUAAAUCAGCUUCUUGAUAUGCCACACCUGUCAGGUGGAUGGAUUAUCUUGACAAAGGAGAAAUGUUCACUAACAGGGAUGUAAACAAAUUAGUGCACAAAUUUGAGAGAAAUAAGCUUUUUGCGCAUAUGGGAACAUUUCUGGGAUCUUUUAUUUCAGCUCAUGAAACAUGGGACCAACACUUUACAUGUUGCGUUUUUAUAUUUUUGUUCAGUGUAAUUCCAAAACGCAUGUUUUGCACUUGUCUAGCUACCAAAAAUAACAAUUGUGUAAUUGUGUGUUUUUGAAUAUAAACACAAUUUAAUGCCAAAUAUUGUAAUCGAGAUCAACAUUAUUCUUCAUGUAUGGUAUACUUGUUGUUUUCAAUCUUUAAAAUAGGAAAUUCAAAAAGCACAUCUGAGCUAUCUCUGGGUGCAUGGUAACAGUUGAAUAAAACGAGACAAAAAGGAUAAACCUACACACUGCUACAUACUCGAUAGUAUCACUGCUCUUUAAUAAGCUUUACGAAUCGUCCUCACAUCCAAUCAGAGGCUGAUACGUAAAGCUCAUUACAGAGCAGUGAGCAGGUUUCACAUUGUUUUUCUCCAAUCUUAAAAUGGGGAAAGCACUUGCACAUGUGAGUGGGCUUGUUGCGUGGGAAUCAUUUGACUUGCACACUGCUCUUGCCAGUGUUACUUAGAUUUGUUAAGCUUUUAUGUGUUGGCCUUCCUCAGAGCUUCUGGUGUGUUUUUGAAUCUUGCCCAUUAAAAAUGUUGUGAACAA